UCCGGUUUUGAAACCAAGUUUGUUUUGGUUUAGGACACGUCAGAUAAUUAUUUUUUUGUAGAUUGUGUGAUUUGGUACAUUUAAAAAGACGUUGUAGCGUCAGAAAUUAACUAAGAAGAAAGAUGGCAUCAAACGAUAUAGGGGACUGGUAUCGAGGAAUUCCUCAGAUGACAAAAUACUGGUUUACCGGUUCAGUGGUGGUUCCACUGGUAGCAAGAUUUGGACUAAUUAACCCUAGGAAUCUUAUUCUUAUAUUCGAAAGUGUGUUUUAUAAAUUCCAGAUCUGGAGACCUGUGACAGCUGUUUUAUUUUACCCAAUAUCUGGACCCAGUGGAUUCCACUAUCUGAUGAACCUUUAUUUCUUAUAUUCAUAUUCUACAAGACUUGAAACAGGUAUAUUUGAUGGGAAACCUGCAGAGAUGGCAUUUCUGCUCAUUUUCAACUGGUUGUCUCUUGUUAUAAUUGGAUUUGCUGCAGAAAUGUGGAUUUUAAUGGAUCCCAUGGUGUUAAGUGUACUGUAUGUCUGGUGUCAACUUAACAAAGAUAUGAUUGUGUCUUUCUGGUUUGGAACACAAUUCAAGGCUAUGUAUCUCCCAUGGGUCCUAUUAGCCUUUAAUAUGAUUAUUGGACAAGGAGGACUAACAGAACUUGUUGGCAUCAUUGUGGGACAUCUUUAUUUCUUCCUCAUGUUUAAAUAUCCACAAGACUUCGGAGGAGCAAGACUUAUUUCAGUACCUAACAUACUGUACAAAUAUUUUCCAAACAGAAGAGGAGGCGUGUCAGGGUUUGGAAUUCCCCCCUCAAGUCGGCGGCAGGCCCCUGAUAACAAUGGAGAUAAUCACCGGCACCACUGGGGGAGGGGCCAAAAUCUGGGAGGAAACUAACGACUCAUUAUGUGCUGUCAUAUCAUAUGUCUUAUCAACAAAAUCUGUGUCAUUUACGGAAAGAAUUUUAUGGGUUUUGAAUGAAUAUCGUGAGAUUUUUUAAGAAAACUCUUUGAUGCCUGCCGUUAUGUUCUAAUGUAGCUUGUUCACACUGAAGUGUCAUUCCUUGAUCUAUACAUGUAUUGUGAUGGACAUUGUACAUUGUAAGGUUAGCUGACUGAGAUAUUUUAAAUUAUUUGAUGAUUACUGUGUUCGUGGGUUUCAUUUGAUGCAGUCAUAUUGAUUGUGAGGAUAUGUUUGGACAUUUUGUACAUAUACCAAUUGUACUUCUGUUCCCAAAAUUUAAGUGAGCUUUAUUAUAUUGCCUGUCUGGUAACAUUUAAAUAUUUAUUAUAUUUGAUCUACAGUAUGGAGAAUUCAUUUCAGAAUUCAGAAAGAUUAAGAUGCAAGCUAGUAUACAUGUAUGUACAUGUUUGUGAAUUACAUGUAAUUAUGAAAUGAUUUAAUAAAAUUAAACAUGUCAGAAAAA